CGAGUUGUAGUUGCAACAUCGUCAACGGUUGCUUUAACUAUUGCGGUAGCUCAAAGCGAGUUAUUUUCAACGUUGCUUUUCGUAAUUUAGUUGACAAUAUGUUGUCCUUUAAGUGUUUGGUUCUUUUUCUCAUCGCUGAAGUUUCUGCUGAAAUCUGUGCAUCAAUGGGCAGACACACGUUUUGCAAUUCCGGAACAUACUGUUGUCAUAAUAACACUCAAUGUUGCUCCGACCUGGACACAUGGAGAAUUGUGGGUAUUGUGAUCGGCAUCGUUGUAAACAUCACUGGAUGCGUGGUCAUCUGUGUCUGCUGUUACCGCCGCCGUGCUUCUCCUGGACAGGUGCUGCAACCCAACGCCGGUACUCAGAUGGUUAUAUCAAGCGUCAAUCAACAGAACACUUCCGUUGCCGCCCCAAGGUACCCCGCGCAAUAUCCGGCGCAGUAUCCGUACCCUGCCUACCCGAAGGGACAGCAGCAGCCGUCGACGCAAUAUCCGGCGGCAUAUCCUCCACUCGCUCACAGUUAUGGGCAACCGAGCACGGAUCAAGCCGUUCCGCCGGCACUCUCGGCGAAGAUGCGAUAAACCGAUGAGAUUGUGAGUUCCCACGCCAGCACAUACGGGAUGACGACACGUGAAAUUGACAUAAUGGGAUCAUUAUACACAUGUAUGCUGCACAUUGUUGUUAGAGAAUUGUUAUGCGUUAAUUAACAUGCAUAAAGGAUACAUUAUGCUAAAUAAUCGAUAAAGCUCUUCUCCCUAAAAAUAACAUCAUAUUUCUACUCGAAGGCAUGUUUUACACUUUAGACUGUUGUUCUCGUUUUAUUUUUUUGGACAUAUUGAUAGGGCAAGCAUAGAUUUUUAGUACUAAACCCAUGGCAUAUGAUAACGUUAGAGAUUAUAAUAAAAAGCACCUGGCAUAUAAUUAAGUUAGAGAAUAAUCAUAAUAUAAAAAGCACAUGACAUAUGAUAAAGUUAGAGAUUAUAAUAAAAAAAGCACCUGGCAUAUGAUAAAGUAAGAGAAUAUAAUUAAACAGGGAGUGGCAUAUGAUAAAGUAAGAGAUAUUAAUCAAAAAGCACCUGGCAUAUGAUAAAGAUAGAGAUCAUAAUAAAAAAAGCACUGAAAAAAAGUUACAUUCCACUAAAAACGGUAAUAAAGGAGGUGCAAAAAGACGAUUUAGAUUUGUGUGGAUUCCUUUCUUGGAUUGAACAAUAGAUAUAUUUUGUAUUACUUUAAUCGGUAAAGCUUAAAAUUCCCUUUAAGAAAAAGUAUAGUUAUGGGGGGGGGUCUCUAUGUGCAAAAUUCAGCGUUUUCGCUUAAAGUUGUCGCUUUUACAUUGAAUUACUUGUAUAGAUGGGAAAUGUUUAAGUAUAUUGUGACCUAAAGUAAAUUUGA